ACCAUAGAAAAAGUGAUGUUAAAACAGCAGUAGUUUUUCAGUCAUUUUUUUUAUUCCUUAAAACACACGAAUUAUUUGCUCUUUCUGUGUCAAAAAAAGAAGAAAGAAAUGUCGCCAGCCUUGAAGAAAUGUCCGAGGAGGUUGUUAGUGUGUGAAAAAUCCAACUUCUUGAAGGAAGCAUCACGUCACGAAGCGCACGUGUCUAAACACAGCUUCAACUACAAGGUUUCUUUACUGAUACCUGAAUGUGGAGUACUGCCUUCUGACAUUGCAAAGGUCAUCAGUAAGUUCAGUUCAUAUUACCUUGUGCGGGAUCUACCAGUGUACAGAUUCCUGGAAGAGGACAUGCUCGAAAUAAUAAAGAAAGGCAGUUUUUAUGCACUCUCCUACAAAACCCGGCUUGAUGAAGACAAUAUUGUUGCUUUAAUGAGCAGAAAGUUAAUAUUGUCUCUUGAUAAGGACACAUAUGAGCAGCUUGGCUUGGAGGGAAAACCAUCUCUAUACAAUCACAGGAAGCCCAUGAGAUAUGUCGUAACUGUGGACCUCACUGAUAAAUCUUUGGUUCCUGGGACAAAGCGUUACCAGCAGGUUCUGAGAAGUCUGAAAGAAAGAGUGCCACUGAGAUGCGACACUCUUUUAACAGAUUGCCGUUCAGACCAAGAUGGACAUCUGAAGGCUCUCCUGUCUCAGUACACAUAUGAGAAGUGUAGACCUACUCUUAGUACCCACAGUCUGGGAGAACUGUUGUGCCCAUCACUUCACUCCUCAGAUCUUCAGGGAAAGAGUCUUUCCUGCACCCCAGAGCUCUUCCUGGAGUGGUUGGGGGCAGUUAACUUGAAUAUCAGUUGCAAAAACUCCGCUACAAGUUUCCUGUCCACGUAUACGUGUCCGGAGCCGUGCAGUUCUGUGAGCCAGGCGCUGAUUUGCACCGUAACAGGACUCCUCCCUCCUGAAGACGUCUCUGCACUACUACAAGAGCUUAGAAAGUAUUUUGAUGCGCCAAAGUUUACAUUUUGGGUCUCCCUCACUGUGCAUGGCUUUGUGGAUAGUCCCGUGUCCUGGGGAACAACAGAACAUGGCUUCCUCAAGGGAGGAGAAAACUUCUACAAUUUUGUUUGCUUCAAGAACCAGGAUUACUGGUUGCACAUGGCUGCUGGUGCACAUGAUGGCUGUCCUCCUUGAUGAUCUAUAACCUGGAUUAGAGAAAGACAUUAUGUUUUUAUGAGGCUACUUCACGUUUCUGUCAAUGAUGUCCUGAUCUUUUUAUAUGAAUGAAAGUCUGACUUAUGUUAAAUAUAAUUAUGCACUGUGUUUCAUCUUAUUAUUUAACAAUAAUAAAUAGCAAAAUAAGAGUAAAAAUCAUUCUAAAAGAACACAUUUUUGAUAAAACGUGUUGGAAAAGUAUGAUAUUCAGGGCUGCACUGUGAACGACGAGGUUUAUUUGUCUCAUGAUUUAAAUAAUAUUUUUUGCAUUUCAUUAUGGUUGCACAAAGCAUUCAUAUUGCAGAAAAUAAAGCAUUUAUCACCCCAUUCUCAUUGAGAUGAU